GCUCUCUAUGCGCGCCAAAAUCUAAUAAGUUUCACCGUGUAUACCUAGUUUCUCACAGCCUUAGAUGCAAGGAGCUCAACCUAUGUUUCACUAAUGGCGCGAAACCAUGGUUCAAGGCCGAUGUUGAAGUUUUAUCGAAUCUAGUAUUAAUAUCGAAUUUGUUAAAUAAGGAACCUUUACUCUAUACUCGUAUUCUUCAUGCUCUCUUUAUAACUACAGGACCAACGAAGAGACUGCCUCCGAGCUACGUCGCCGAUGCAAUGCCUUUUUUAUGGAGCUGGUAUCAAUAUUCUGUUUUGGGGAUACAGUAUCAAAGGACCUCGAACAGGAAGCUAUCAGUCAUCUCAUGCAGUAUGUUAUCGGUCAUCAGUCAACUCAGACAAAGGAUUUCUCACCCUUCGCUGAUUAUGCUAUCGACCCCACCCCUGUGGUGCGUUCAUUUCUUCUCCAACAGCUAUUGCGCUCAAGUGCAAAGUUGACUAAGUUGGUGAAAGAACACCUGGGAGCUUUCUUACAAGGGGCUCAGAACUUAAAACCAGAACCUUCGCACGUUAAAGAGGUCUGCUUUUUAUGUGUCCAGUGUAUGGAGGACAUUCUUAGAAGCCGUUAUCAAGCCAAAGUGGCAGACUCGACAUUAAUAUUUAAACUCAGACACGCCAAAAGAACUUGCGAAGAGUCAUUUAAAGCUCUUAGUGACGGAGAUGAAAACUCAGCGGAAAUGAGCGCUCAAUCCCUAGAUGGAGUUGCCAAAGGACGUUACGUUUUAUCUUUGGUGGUAGAAUACCUUUACAAAUUGUUCAUUGAGGGAGACAGCAGCUACAAAGACGCCAAGAUAGAAUUGAAGUCGUUAUUUAAUUCUGCACGGAAGCUUUGCAUGGAAGUGUCAAGUUCUACACCGCAGCUUUACCUCCUGAAACAGCUUGUCAGGCGUUAUGGCUUGGACUGUGUUCGAACUCUGGGUGAAUUUGAGGAGCUGGCGUGGAUUCUACCUACAGAGGCUCGACAGCAAGAUGAGGAUGUGUUCCAAGACAGGUUUAUUGUUCAUGGAAACCAGUAUCGCGCAGUCCGCGAGGGGCUGGCCAAAACCGUUGUCAGUGGGAACAUCCAAGAUUUUGUUACUGCCAUCACGGAAGCAAGAUUAAAGGGUGUCUUAAAAAAUGUACUUCUGCUCCUAGUUAUUUAUCGUGAAAUAACGAUGGCAAAUGUUCGUCCAGUUCAGACACAGAAUUUGUCCCAGGAGGUGAGGGUAAAGCUUGAUGAUUUCGUAAGAAAUGGAGAAUACCUAAAUGAAACGGCCCGACCUUUCGCUAAGGAACUUCUUGAAAACAAACAAGGUGGAAAUCUGAAGGAACUUCAAAUCUACAACGGAAAGAGUCCACAGGAGCACGCCUUGGCUGAAAUUGUAAUCCACACAGUUGUGGCUUUGCAAUGCACUGGUGCAGAAUCCUUGGCUCAGCCUCUUUAUUCUCUUAUGACUGAUCCAUCGAUUAUGAAAAAUUCUUUCCUACCAACAAUGCCUGAGGAUAACUAUAUCGAGUGCAUUAACGCCAUCGCUGAAACUAUGAAGGGUACACAAUGGGUUGGAGAGUGGUAUGAGUGUGGUAAUUGCAGAUACCUGUAUUUCAUUGGGGAGUGUACUCAACCAAUGCAGAAGGGCGUUUGUCCAGAGUGUGGAAAAGUAUUGGGAGGGGAACAGCACAAGUUCUUAGGAGAAUACAGAGUUUCCGAGAAGAAAGACAGGACCAAAACUGGCCAUGCACUCGGAGAACCUGGCUCGCGACCUACCAACGCAGAACCUCAGAGAGACAUGCCACCGAUAGUGUGCGGUCUAUUGAGGAUUAUCAUGCACUCGGCUAUGGUCAUGGGAGCAUCCAAAUAUCCACAGGUAACUGCACAGCUUAUCAUACCUUCAUGCCCGUCGCAGUCUGUGGAGUCUGUGGGACAGUUCUUAUGGCAGCACUUGCAGAGAGACCUUGAUGCCCUCAGCAGAGCACUCGGGUGCAGUGUUGAUGACGCAGCUCUAACAGUUCAUCUGGCAUUACAGCGGAUGAUCUCACUAAAUGGUGGAAAAACUGGAAAUGUCCACGACAUGCAUCUUCAAACCCGGGAAAGUCGCCGCAGCUGGGAGAAAGCUUUUUGUUCUCAGAUUCUUGUUCCUGUCUUCACCCAUCAUGACGAGAGUCUCAAGAACGCGUCAAGACUUUUGAUGGGAGACGAGAGAUUUGGAAAGGAUCCGCUGGUACGUCAACUUUACGAGUUCGAUGAACAGGUGGAAGACUUAUCCUUAGGUAUCAGGCCCAUGUCUCGAGCUCUUUGGAAGUACAGACAGCAUAUUACUGUAGAGGAACUGAGCAGCUCUUUUCAAAGAGAAGUCCUUUCUGGUGGCGAAGAGGAAUUCAAACUGUUGGACGCUUUCCUCAAACAGGAACACAAGUUGCGCUUCGUUCAUUUUCUGCCCGACGUUGUUCGCCUUCAUCGAUUAUUGAUGGACAGAUUCCACCUGCGGAUUGACAGAACAAAUGCUGAGAAUUAUACCGUCCGUGAAUUUCUCAAGGAACUUCCGAAAGGAUCUGUGAAAGAUGAGUAUACGAAUCUGUUCCAGAGUUUCAAGAAUGCAUGGAAUGCUUGCAAGUCAUUUCUUGGUGAUCAAGGUCGCCUGCGCGUUCCACAAGACCUUUGUAAUACUACAAUGGACAACGACUGUCCAAUUGCGAUGGUUCUCCCAAGUACCUCCGGGAUGGGGAUUUGUUCGACCUCGCUCACCUUCUUCCUGGUUAAUGUAAAUAACGAGUCUCUAGGAGCCUACCGUAGUGCGACUAAUCAAGAUAGCUUCUUGGAACGUGUUUCCGUAUCAGAGGUGACAUUGUCGCACUUGGUCGCAUAUGAUCCUCAGAGGGACCUGUUGCCCCUCAUCCUGGCUCACUGUAACUACUCUCUGGAGGUGGGACAGGAAACUUUAGUUCACUAUGACUGGGCGGCUCUAGAGAGACAGUUGAUUGACAGGUUGUUUAGGGGAAGGCCUUUUGUUGAGUUCAAGGAGGAACGUUUCGCGUUCAGCCAAGACACUCGCGAUGACGCUGUGUUCGCUUCUCUCAGUGAAAAAAUUCCUCAGGAAUCUAUAACCCGCGUCAUCGAGAGCCAGAUUAUUGUAGAUCUGCGGUCUUCCUUGUCUGAUGUCUGUGAUGUUAUGUCGUCACUGGAUAUUGCUAUUGGUUUUCUUGCCUCAUCGGGCGGCCAGCCGCAGAGGCCUCUAAAAUGGUACUUGCAUGAAGUACUUAAGUUACGAAAAGAACGAGGUCUCAAGAGUCCAACGGCAGAGCAGCACUGCAGCUUAUCCCAUACCUUGGCAUUGUGGCGGCUUAUGGCUCUCGAGAGAGCAAAAAUAAAAUCAAGGAACAAACAGGAGCCAUUUGAGCAAUUGCCUGACGUUUUCAAGGAAAAACUUAGCACAAGUGAACAGGCCAGCCUAAAUCGCGUGUUGCGAAAAAUCGACAUGGACAUAUUUCUGCCGCAGCUCUUGCAGAUUAUUCUUCUGAAUGUUAAAAAAGAUGGCGAAACGAUUUCGACGAUGAGCUUUGAAGAGUACUUGGAUUUGUGUUUAGCCAACAAAGGCCUGGAACAAAUCCCAGGAACAGAGAACAUUCCGGAGGGCAUUAAAAUGGUGCACCUAAAGGCAGUUUGGAACUCCGCUGUCCAGUUAAGUGACGACUUUCACAAAGAUCGUCAAGCUGUAUGAACCUUUGUUUAAAGAGCAAUCAGUUCCAAACUCAAGACAUCAAGACAGUGGUGCAGUUAGUUAGGUGUUAAAAUUAAAGAAAUGAAUGGUAGAUAUUAGGAUGCAAACUAGUAAUAACAUUAAUGGUACAAGCUGAAUUUUCAGAAAAAUUUGGCUUCUAGCUUCAGUUUUCUCUCUUAUAGUAAUGAGAUAUUAGAUACAAUCAAUAACAAAUCAAUUUGAAAAUGUUGGUAUGUUAUAGAUACAGCCAUUUUUGUAGCUAUUGUUUGGUACUUCGCGGUCGUUACAGUUAAUGGUUGGGACCAGUCUGUUCCUUUUACUACAAAUAUUUACCUUAGUUUUAAUUAGAAUGUUGGAGGAAAUUUCUUGUCGAUGCCCCCUCUCCAAAAAUGGGAGAAAAAAGCGAGAGCUUUUAUGUAUCUGUGUCUAGGCUAGUAUUAUUAAUUAAUUUUUCAUAGUUUUUUUUUUCUUAUAUACUCGGAAGAUAACUCAAUAUUCUACAGCUUAGAAUGAUAUAACCACGACAUGCAAGCUUGGACCCCACCUUGAAUUGGUGUUAAGUUGGUAUUGAUAGAGAAAGUUCCGUUUCAAUAAACUUUUGCAUAAAUUA